CCCCCACCGUCCCGCCUGCCUCCCAGCUGCGUCCGCCGCUGUCCUGUCUGUCCGCCCGGUGUCUGCUCCGCCGCUCGGCGCUCUGCCCCGCUCCCACCCCGGACCCGAAGCCUCUGCCUCCUCGUUCACCACCCCGGCUCCCCGAAACCCCCUCCCUCCACCCGGUGAAUGCACCAGCGCCGAAAACAUGACGGGCAUCGCCGCUGCUUCUUUCUUCUCUAAUUCCUGCAGGUUUGGGGGCUGCGGUCUCCAGUUCGAGUCUCUCGCCGAGCUCAUCGUCCACAUCGAGGACAAUCACAUCGACACAGAUCCGCGGGUUCUGGAGAAGCAGGAGCAACAGCAGCCCACUUAUCUGGCCCUAAGUUACAUAAACAGGUUCAUGACAGAUGCGGCGCGCCGGGAGCAGGAGACCAUGAAAAAGAAGGCCACACCCAAAUUGUCCCUGUCCAUCACAGGUGGAGUGUCCAGAAACAGUACGGCCACGCCUCCUCGCCACACCAGCGGUAACCUGACGCCUCCCGUCACGCCCCCCAUCACCCCUUCCUCCUCCUUCCGCAGCAGCACACCUACAGGCAGUGAGUAUGAUGAGGAGGAGGUAGACUACGAGGAGUCGGACAGCGAUGAGUCGUGGACCACAGAAAGCGCCAUCAGCUCUGAGUCCAUCCUCAGCUCCAUGUGCAUGAACGGGGGAGAGGAGAAGCCAUUCGCCUGUCCCGUCCCUGGCUGCAAGAAGAGAUACAAGAAUGUGAAUGGUAUCAAGUACCACGCCAAGAAUGGCCACCGCACACAGAUCCGUGUGAGAAAACCCUUCAAGUGUCGCUGUGGCAAGAGCUACAAGACCUCGCAGGGCCUGAGACACCACACCAUCAACUUCCACCCACCUGUCUCCACCGAGAUCUUGCGCAAGAUUCAGGGCUAGAGCCGGUGGUCACACCAAUCAGCUACCCCAAACAUAGCCCUGUUCUACCCUGACUUUCCUUACCCGACCCUUUUAUACCCAUCCCACACACUAAAGGAUCAAGUGCAUGCUUUAAGUUGUUUUAAUUUUUUUUUUCAUCUUUUUGUUGUUGUGUUACAUUAUUUUUUCUAUCCAUGUUACAUCACUUGUAUUUUUUGGAAAAAAAAGUAUCUUUGUAGUAUUUUUAUUGUUGUACAUUUGCACAUUCGUAUAUGCUAUCACGUUAUUUUUUCUAUUGUUUGACUUACAUAAGGUGCUAACUGUAAAAAACAACAGAAAGAAAAGACAAAAAAACAAAUUAAAGAAGGAGGAGGAAACAGGAAAAGGAGAUGUGAAACAGGAAGUGCAACCAAGCCCUGCCCCUUUUUUGAAGUUGAUUUUUAGUGCUGAUCUGAGCUCAGUCUUCCUUACACUCCCUCUCUGAAAUACAGAGAGUUUGCUGAGCUUAUAUCUGUGCUUUCACAAUAACUUCUGGGGGUUUAAGUGUGAGAGUUAAGUUAUACUUUAAAUAGAUAUAUUGAUAUAUAAACAAUAGACAGAUAUGUAUGUGUACAUAAAAAUAUAUAAAAGUAUUCAUGAGCAUAUACAUAAAUAGUUACACUUUAUUUUCAAGCUUUAUUUUAUAUAUUUUUGUCAGUGUUUUAGAUUGUGUUUUUUUUCUAUGUAUCAGUAAGUGUUCUUUUCAUUCCUUAUUUGCUGAGACGGCCAGUUUUGUCACCUCAGAGGGCCAGAGCUCAAACAGCUGGCUGACCUUAGGUUCAGAGAGUCGGAUUUUCUCUCACACAUCCUAGAGAUUAGGAGCUAAUAUGCCUUUCAGUUUGACGCACGCAAUGUUUUACUGUUGAUCAGAAAGAGAAACGUAUGCCAACAAAGGCCAGGCCAAUAAUUCUCACCUUAAACAUUUCAUGCCCAACAGAAAGCCAUCCAUGUAUUUCAUAUUUCCAGUGUUUCCUCACUCAGAGUGCCAGAGCUGUGUUCCAGAGAUUUAGCCGUGAAAGCAGGUUAAGCAUCAUACCGUAUUCCAGUUGCCAAGUUCUUUGUUGUUUUGUUUUUCCAUGAUCGUUGCCAACAGCUCUCCACUGCCAAACAUUGACCAUACCAUGUGCCUGAUGGGGGAGGGUGGGGGGAGGGAGGGACUUGUAAUGGUUUCAACCAGGAGGUCGCCAAACGUGUGGCAACAGUUUUCUUGUUCAUCGCGCCUCCAAAAUGUUCGGAUGAUUGGAUGUACGUCGACAGAAUGUCCUCACGCAUGCUUUCUGUGUUGAAACAAUGUGUGAAAGAAGAGGGUGGAUUUGUAAUUGAAAGAGAUUACCACCUACAAAACCAUUUGUGUGUGUUGUAAACAACAGCAUUCCAGUUCAUUGUACAUGUGGAUGUGUGUGAUGGGUUCGAGUGCCGUGUGUGUGUGUGUGUGUGUGUUUUUUUCUCAGCAGUAUCCAAGUCAUCAGCCUGUAGAGUGUUAGUGCAUUCAGUGUGUUUUCGGUGCCAGGCCGCCGGGUUCAACUCCUGUGGAGCAGGAAUGGUUGGCUGCCUGGUGGGUGCUGCGUCGUGUAGUGUUGUUUCCCCUGAUUGGGAUUUCAUCAUUCAUUGCCUCUAGAAAAACAACAGUGGUGCAGUGUGAGCGCAGCCGCGUGCCAAGACACAUUCAUUCAUGACAUCAUCUUAUUCAUCAUGCACAAAGUUACGAGCAGAAGGCUCAGAGCAUGAGCGUUUUUUGUUUUUUUUCAUUUGAUGGGUACAGUGAUCUCUGACAUGCACACACCCUCCUGUCCUCUAAACUGCUAUUGCCAUGGCAAACCACUGGGUUUGCAUGGCAAACCCUUUUUUUUAACUGACUUUUGUGAACACUUAAUUUUUUAAUUGUCCUCACAAAGCAGAUACCAGAAAAUGACAUUAAAGAAACAGGUGUCCCAUAAAUGAUUUAACUCCAUCAUUUCCUGUUCAAUAUCCUUUUCUGAUUAUAGUAAUCACCUGUGCUUACAAUGCCUUUAGGUAGUGUGCUACCUAACAAACAAGCACAAAUGUUGGCUGAGAGACACCCAUGUCUAUUCUGAAGCAACAAGUGAACCAAGAUCUGUAAAAUCUUGGUAUCAGUUUCAAAGUACAUCUGAGGGCUUGCUAUCCUGAAAGUAACCCUGAGAUAAUGGUUUCGUGCGUGAUAGAAAUGCUUCAUUCCUGAGUGUCGGCGUCUGUGGCCAGGAUCAGAGCAGAGACAGGCCGAGAUGGACGGAGAGCAAGAGUCUCCCAUCCGAGGCUCUGUCAAACACUCGUAAAACCAUCACCCGCUUCACAGACACCACCGUCGCCAUGGCAAUAGUUCCAAGCUUUACAUAUGGGCCAAUCACAGUAUUACACAUAUGGGAAAAGGAGGAGCGGAGGCUGUGUGCAGAAGGAGGGGAUGAGGGAGGAAUUUCAGUAUACCGUGUACAGUGAAUGUAUUGUGACGUGUGUCUGUCGUCAAGUGCUUUUAAAUUAUAUUUUCGUAUGUAACGUGGAGACCACUGUUUCCUUUUUCUAUGGGGGGACAACAGGUUGUGAGCAGAGUGACUUGUAAAUGAUGUCAAACAGUCUUUCUAUAUAAAAGAGAAGCUGCUUAAAUGUAAACAGGAAAUGACCGAAAAAACAGCAAAAUAAAGUAAAAACCUCUGUAGCUCA